AUGUCGGGAGACGCCCAGUCUCUUCUAGCUGUAGAGGAAGCAGCAACUACUGCACCGAACAAACCUUCCGAAGAUUCCACCAGCGGCGGGGCAUCAACAUCGUCCGAAGAGGUGGCCUUUAAGAUUCAAUUUGGAAAGAACAGCUCGGACGUGAAGCGGCCGUUUGAUUCUACGGUUGGCGACUUGAAAGGUGAAAUCGAGAAACAGCUGGGGAUACCAUCCAAGCUUCAAAAGCUGAUGUGCAAAGGAGCAGCCCUGAAGGACGACGCGGCGACACUUCGGCAGGCCGGCAUCAAGGACGGCAGCAAGCUGCUCCUCAUAGGCAGCAACCCCACGGCGGUGGAUGCGGCCAAGGCAGCUGCCGCGGGCGCCGGUGCGGGCGGCGAGUGGGAUGCUCCCAAGACCGAGGAGCCCAUCCACAAACAGACGCAACACGCCAAGGUUCUCGCCAAGGGGGUCCCCGACGGCGCCCUGCCGGGCCUCGCGGGUCGCCAGGUGCCCCUGGACGACAAGCUGACCGCCAUCCCUGGACUGCUGGACAGCCAGGGCAGCAAGGUUCGUAUGACGUUCAAGACGGAGCUCCAGCAACUGUGGCUGGGUUCGGAAGCUACUACGCAGAAGGUGCCGUACGGUACGAUCGGCAAGAUCGAGUCUUGGCCCAUCGAGGGUAAUGAGGGCUACUCCGUUGUGGCGCUGCACCUGGGGGCGGGGGGCACCUCGAAGUACUGGCUGUACUACUUCCCGUCGCAAUACGUCGCAGGGCUCAAGAUCCGGAUCUUGGGCGUUGAGUCGCUGCUAUGA